AUUUCAUACUUAUUAUUUCACCAUACUUGUCGAUCGAGCUGUGAGUAUUUUCAUCUGUAUGGAGGGCACUUGCAAUACGCAAUAGGUUCAGUAACGCGUCCGUUGCUCGUGAAGCAGAAUGAAAGCAGUUAAACACAUUGAGGAAAGAAAACUUGGGGAGGAAGACCACGAAGUUCCGGUUCCUCCUCCUCUCCCACCGCAUCCCCAAACAUAUCAGCCCAUCGCAAGGCAAAAUCAAUUCGUGGAUCGGAAGGAUUGUUAUGAGUGCCAACACGAAAUCGCUCAGAGGACAUUGAGCUAUGAAGACUACCAAAUUUGGAACCGCUGUCGAGGAUGUGUCGUGAGAUAUUGCGAAACUUGUGCAUUCAAAGUUAAUUCAAUUGAAGAAUAAAUAUGAAUCAUGUAGGAGAUGCGUUCACUGGUGGAAAGAGAAUUCAAAAAGUCCCAUAGUUACAAAAGCAACAUGCAACCGGAGGAAUGAUGCAAUUUUUCUGCAGUAGAAUCAGUCGGAGCUUGCAAUACGAACAGAAAUGUCGGACGAUUUGAGCUGCCCCAGCUGCGAUAGGAAACCCAUGAUCAGAAAAACAUACUUGGCUAUAUCUCGAAUGAAAAAGUUGAAGAUGGAUUUCUGCGCCUUAUGUUGCGGCCGGCGAUACUGUGGGGUUGGAAUCUAUAAGACUGUUUUCAAAUGUCGCUCGUGUGGCUGGAAGGGCAAUCCUUACUAUUCAGACUUAGAUGCGUAAAUUUCUCAUUCUUGAAAAGUAGGUCACGAUAUCAUAUCAAAAUGUCAAUCAUCUGUUGUUGUUUGUGUUUUCAAAAAGCUGCCUAACUUGUAAAGCUUUGAGAGAGCACGUGUAAGAAAUAGCCAAUAAUAAAAAAGCUCCAAGAAAACAAAUUCUAUACACAAAGAAAAAACAUUUCCUUGAUUUUAGUUCAUUGUCUUGAAAGUAAGGAAUAAUUCACUAACAAGGGCUAAAUAUGUUAAUAAAUUUAAAACCCAUUCUUUGGAGACCACAACCAGUAACGAACUCAUAUAAGAUUUGUAGAUAUCCACUUUUGUAACGAAAUACAUUAUUUAUUGUAUGUAUGUAUGAUUUUAAAUGAAAGAUUUGACUUUAGUUGCUCGGGUACAUCCACUUCUAUUAAUAUUUGUUGUUAUUUUAAAUAGAUAAUAGCAAAAAUUACCAUAUUAUAAUGGUAAAAAAUGUUUUUCAAAAUAAUAUAUGAUUUCCGUUCAGAAA